CGCAAAAAUGGAUUUCGAAUCCUGAUGAUUAUGAAGUUGAGUCAAGUUGGGGAAAGUCUAAUACAAAACAUUUAGUUAAAUCUAUAAUCGAAUAUAUAGACAAAAAUCCUAUUUAUUAUAUAUAUUAUGGACACAAGUAUCAAUUCUAUGUAAAAUCUGAAAAAUUAUGUUCAGAUGUGGCAAUUCUAUAUUCUAAGGCUUUAGAUCCAGAGACAAAAAGCCAUUAUUCGGAAAUACUUCAACAAAUAACAGUCUUAAAAUCAUUUGAUAAUUUAACCUCAACUGGACAAAAUAAUCGAGCUAAGAAAGUAGCAAAUAAGAAUUGUCAUCCAGAAGAUGAAUCUAUAUUAAAAUCAAUUGAAUUUGAUAUUAAUAAUAAAUCAUUCUACUUUGAUGUUAAUGAAAAGAGUAAUUAA